AUGUUCUCAUUGAUUUAUACAGGGUGCGGGGAAGGGCGAGGAGGGACCCGCGGGGGCAGAGCCAGUGACGUGCCCACCCGCCGGAGACACUCGGCGCCGCGCUGGUUCCGGCGGCACAAGGCAGCCGGGGGCUCCUCAGGCAGCGCCCGCUCCGCCUCGCGCUCUCCCUCCCUCCGCCCGCCAUCCCGCCUUGUUCUCUGCUGGCCGGGCCGGGGCGGGGCCCCCCUCGCAGCUGCCACCCUGAAGUUUCUGGCCGUGCUCCUGGCCGCAGGGAUGCUCGCUUUCCUUGGUGCAAUCAUCUGCAUCAUCGCGAGCGUCCACCCUGCGGCCAGCCCCGCCGGAGCUCUCCGGGGUGCUGACAAUGACUCCAGCGCCGCCGCCGCCCUGCUGCCGGCCGCCGCCGCCGACAAGGGGCCGGGCGCUCUCCACGGUGCUGGGCAGAGCUUCUCGGGCGGCCCGCAGGACUCCCUGCUGGAGCUGCUCUCCGGCAGCGCCCGGCCCCGCCAGCAGCAGCAGCAGCACCAGCCGCUCUUCAGCCGCUUCCUCUGCACGCCGCUGCCGGCCGAGUGCCCCUCCGACAGCCCCGCGCCGGGGGACGGCCCCGCGCCCGCCGAGGACCUCUUCUUCCUGCACGCCGCGGCCGAGCAGCUGAGGCAGACGGCGCUGCAGCAGAGGGACCAGAUCCUGAGCGACCAGGAGACCAUCCGCGAGCUGACGGGCAAGCUGAGCCAGUGCGAGAACGGGCUGGAGCUGAGCUUCCAGGACAGCGCCGCUCUCUGGGGCGGGCCCCGCAAAGACACCAUGGGCGACCUGCCCUGGGACUCGCCUGCCAUGGUCCAGGAGCUGGAGGAUGCUGUCCGGUCGCUGAAAGACAGGAUCGACAAGAUAGAGCAGGAGCUCCCAGCACGAGCCAACAUCUCCACCUCCUCCUCCCCUGUGCUGACCCGAGAUGUGCUCCACACCAAGAUGGAGGAGCUAGAGGAGCAGCUCCUCUCCAAGAUACUGUCUCUGGAGAAAGAACGCUCCUCCGUUACCAACAACAAUGACCAGCAGCAAGAAGAGGUGGAGAAGGAGCUGAGCGUUCUCCAGAGCCGGGUUUCUGAGUUGGAACAGGAGCACCCAGGGGCACAAGACUUUAACCCUCCAGAUGCCUACAAGGUGACCAUCCCCGUACGGACCAACUACAUGUACGCGCGCAUGAAGAAGAGCCUGCCGGAGCUUUUCGCCUUCACAGUCUGCAUGUGGCUGAAGUCCAAGGCCUCCUCAGGGCUGGGCACUCCUUUCUCCUAUUCUGCCCCCGGGCAAGCCAACGAGAUUGUGCUGAUGGAGUGGGGACACAGCCCCAUGGAGCUGCUCAUCAACGACAAGGUUGCCCAGCUGCCCCUGAAUCUGAAAGAUGGGACAUGGCACCACAUCUGCAUCGCUUGGACCACCCGGGAUGGCGUAUGGUGGGCAUAUGAGGACGGUGAGCAGCGUGGGUCCAGUGAGAACCUGGCCGCCUGGCAUCCCAUCAAACCCCACGGGGUGAUAAUCCUGGGCCAGGAGCAGGAUACGCUGGGCGGGCGAUUUGACGCGACCCAGGCCUUCGUCGGCGAGAUAGCUCAGUUCAACAUAUGGGACCAUAUCCUGACACCCACCGAGAUCCUGGGCCUGGCCAACUGCACCUCUCACCUGAAAGGCAACGUGAUCCAGUGGGACGACGAACUAGUGGAGGUCCUUGGAGGCGCCACCAAGUGGAGCUUUGAGAUGUGUGAGGAGAGGAUGAAGGCAUGAGAAGCCCCCCCCACCCAUGGAAAGGAGCAUGACAGCAACUUCCCCUGCCUCCAUGCCACCUAAGGAAUGAGGCAUCAGGGAUCCCCUUUUUCCCAAAUAGAAACAUCUUGAGUUCUGAAUCCAUUCAGGGAGGGAGGUGGGAGGGGCAAGAAAACCAUCUGAACUCAAAGAAAUUUGA